AUGGAACUGCAUUUUAAGGUUUUACUUGGUGAGCACAAAGAGACAAAGGAACUCUUUGCAAUAAAAGUGCUGAAGAAGGACGUGAUUAUCCAAGAUGACGAUAUUGAGUGUACAAUGACUGAAAAACGGGUAUUGGCAUUACCUGAAAAGCCGCCAUUUUUAGUGUCUCUUCACAGCUGCUUCCAAACAAUGGAUCGUCUAUACUUCGUCAUGGAAUUUGUAAAUGGCGGUGAUUUAAUGUAUCAAAUACAGCAAAUAGGGAAGUUUAAAGAACCUGUAGCUGUAUUCUACGCAGCUGAAAUUGCCGUUGGUUUGUUCUUCCUGCAUUCUAAAGGAGUAAUUUAUAGAGAUCUCAAACUAGAUAAUGUUAUGUUAGAAAAGGAUGGUCAUAUCAAGAUUACGGAUUUCGGAAUGUGCAAGGAGAAUAUUACUGGCAAUGCGACGACGAAAACUUUUUGUGGCACACCUGACUAUAUUGCGCCAGAGAUAAUCCUUUAUCAACCCUAUGGGAAAUCGGUUGAUUGGUGGGCAUAUGGAGUGUUACUUUUUGAAAUGUUGGCGGGUCAACCGCCAUUCGAUGGAGAAGAUGAGGAUGAGCUUUUUACAGCUAUUACUGAACAUAAUGUCUCCUAUCCUAAAAGCAUGUCGAAAGAAGCAGUGUCGAUAUGCAAAGCCUUGUUGGUAAAGAAUCCUUUAAAGCGACUUGGUUGUUCACCAAAUGAUGCUAUUGCUGAAGCAGAUAUCAAGUUUUGUUAUUUCAGGAGCAUCCAUUUUUCCGACGAAUUGAUUGGUAUAAGCUUUCAACACGACAAAUACAGCCUCCCUUCAAGCCUAAAAUUGUGGGUUGUAAUGAUUAGAUGUGUUACUCUCAUUGAGCCUCACAUAGACUCGAAAACGUCCUGGCAACUUAAUGGGAUCUCUAAAAGAAUAAUAUCAUUUGAAGGUACAAAUAUUAGUAAUAUAUGCAACUAAAC